AUCACUCUAUACAAUUGGAAUUUGAUACAAUUAAGUUCUGAAUGCCUGAAACAGGUUCCAAAUAUGUUUUACAUAUCUUUUAGUGCUAACAAGAGUUUCUGAAAAAGCUCUCUAUCUCUCUGCAGAACAUUUGCACACUCUUGUUAGAAAUUUUCUAAGAGCUAGCAAGAAUCACGCGAAGACGGCAUGAAUUUGACAUGGUAGAGGAUACAUCAAUGUCUUUCUCGCGGCAAGGCAUUGUGGAAAACAAUUUAUCUAUAUUAGCAUGUAGAGACAUUGUUUUGUUUGUUUUGUUAGGUUCAUCAAGCAACUUGAGACACAUACAAGUUUUGGCCCUACUUUUUGUGCUGUUUCUUUCAUUCUUUUGUUAAAGGAAAUUUUGAUUCAAUAUUGAAAAUGUCUUUGGAUUCUCUUGGCAAUAGCAUUCACUAUUUGUAAAUACUCAUUAUCUCUUGUAUUUAUAACACAAACUAUGUAUAUGGUUUAUUUCCCUCUACAACAACAAAAUCAACAAAUUAUAAAAUGAUUUCCUAAAAUGGAGAAAUCUCACAAGUUGGAUUAAAACAAUGAGUAAUCAAACUUGGUAUAUAAAAGAAGACAAUCUGACUUCUCUCUUCUUAACUUGUACUAUCAAAAUAAACAAGAAAAGAUUUCGAGAUUAUUUACAAUGGAGAAAACAUCUCUCAAGCUUGUCUUCUUGUUCUCCCUCACAAUCAUAGCAUUUUGCUCGUCUUUAGGUGAUGCCAGAGAGAUGGUGAAAGAAGAAGUGAAUUGCAUCGGCGGCAAAUGUCCCAAAGGAAAGAAGAACUGUAAUUGCUUGCCGCCGAUAGCACAUAAAAUGGACACGACCUGCAACAAGUACUGUCCUAGGGAAUGCGAGCUUGGAACCUGUGUCUGUUCGUGUGACUAUGGUUGUACAUGUACCUGUUGAGCGUUAAAAUAGUGAGACAGAGAGAGACUAUCAAUUAGUAUCUAUAUAAUAGUGUUUGAAUCAAUUUAUUAUUAUUCUUGAAAACAUAUAUCUGAAGCUAAUACAAUUGGAAUUUGAAAUAGUUGAGCACUAAAGGCCUGAAACUGGUCCAAUCAUAUGAUCAUAACCA